AUGCCAGUCUCAAUUUCGGCCUCUCUCCUCCUGACUUCGCUGCCCUUACUAGUUUUCUCGGAAUGGCAAUCCAGGUCACAUAGAGGUACAGCUAUCUUCAAAAUGCUUUCUUCAAUUGCUUUCCUUAGCAGCCCAUUGCUUUUGUCAUCCACGGAGUGGUCAGAUUAUCGCCGUCUCAUUACACUCGGUCUUGGCUUUUCUUUGCUAGGCGACUUUUUCCUUAUUCCUUCGCGCCGUGAAUUUUAUCCCUUGGACAGCAAAGCUACAGCUCGCGACAAAUCAGAAGAGCUAGGCAAAGUAUCUAUAUCUUUCCAACUCGGUAUCGUCGCCUUCGCGGUAGCUCAUAUAGCCUAUACUUGGGCCUUCCUCCAGGAUUCCCGGGAGACCUACUGGACCGUUUUUGCAGCUACGUUCGUAGGGACUCUUGGCGCCGGUAAAUGGUUGGGUGUCAUUUAUCCCGGGGCCCAUUCCUCACUCAAAAGCAAUGCACUGGACCUUCAUAUUUCACCCGAUAUGAGACCAUUGGUAGCUUUUUAUGCUGUUAUUAUUGCUACAAUGUUUGCUGCGGCCACCUCUACGUCGCCAUCGACCGUUCCAUUGGACUGGUCGCGUUCGCGAGCUUUGGGAGCUGCUAUGUUUGUUGUCAGCGAUCUUUUUGUUGCGAAGAAUGCUUUUGGAAGAUCCUCUGGGCCCAACAGCCGUGGUGUGCUCGAAAUAUCUAUGGGCUAUGGACUAUAUUUCUGGGCCCAAAUGGUGAUUGCAGGAACAGUGGUAGCUUAA